AGCAGAGGCGAAGCUCAACAGGGCUUGGCUUGGCUGAUUUCACAUCACAAGUGCCAGAGGAUCAGGAGACAGAAGCAUCCCAACACACCUGAGCAGUGUGAGCCGAGGAGCACCGCGCAGAACUGAAAGUACUUCAAGUCCAAUCCAUCGGUGAGAAGAAGUCCUGAGGCCAUGAUUGCUUCACAGAUUCUCUCCACUCUCACUUUUGUGCUCCUCAUUAAAGACAGCGCGGGCUGGACUUACAAUGUGUCCAGGAGAAGGAUGACUUAUGAUGAGGCCAGUGCUUACUGUCAGCAAAGGUACACACACCUGGUCGCAAUUCAAAACAAAGAGGAGAUCGAGUACCUGAACGCCACUUUGAGCUAUUCUCCAAGUUAUUACUGGAUUGGCAUCAGAAAAGUCAACGGUGUGUGGAUCUGGGUGGGGACCCAGAAGCCCCUGACUGAAGAAGCCAAGAACUGGGCUCCAGGAGAACCCAAUAAUAAGCAGAAAAACGAGGACUGCGUGGAGAUCUACAUCAAGAGACCAGAAGGUUCCGGCAUGUGGAAUGACGAGAGAUGCAGUAAAAGGAAGCUUGCGCUGUGCUACACAGCUGCCUGCACCCAAGCCUCCUGCAGCGGCCACGGGGAGUGUACAGAGACCAUCAACAACUACACCUGCAGGUGCCAUCCUGGCUUCAGUGGACUCGAGUGUGAGCACGCUGUGACCUGUAAAGCACAGAAAGACCCUGAGCACGGGAGGCUGGUUUGCACUUCACCCUUUGGGACCUUCAGCUACAAUUCCUCCUGCUCCGUCAGCUGUGACAGUGGCUACCUGCCAAGCAGCGUGGAGACCACCCAGUGUAGGUCCUCUGGGGAAUGGAGUGCUCCUCUUCCCACCUGCAGAGCUGUGCAGUGCGAUGCUCUCCCUGUGCCCCUGAAUGGCUCCGUGAAGUGCUCUCCUUCCCCUACUGGAGAGUUCACCUACAGGUCCUCUUGCACCUUCCACUGUGACGAUGGCUUUGACUUACAUGGAUCAGCUCAACUGGAGUGCACAUCUCAGGGGCAGUGGACACACGAGGUCCCCUCCUGCCAAGUGGUACAGUGUUCAAGCCUGGCAGCUCCAGGAAAGGUCAACAUGAGCUGCAGUGGGGAGCCUGUGUCUGGCACUGUGUGUGAGUUUGCAUGUCCUGAGGGCUGGAUGCUCAAUGGCUCUGCAGCUCUGACAUGUGGUGCCACAGGACACUGGUCUGGGACGCUGCCUACCUGUGAAGCUCCCCCCGAGUCCAGCACUCCCUUGGCAGCUGGACUUUCUGCUGCAGGAUUCUCCCUCCUGUCAUUGACGUCAUUCCUCCUCUGGCUUCUGAAAUACUUUCGGAAGAAAGCAAGGAAAUUUGUUCCUGCCAGCAGCUGCCAAAGCCUUGAAUCCCAUGGAAACUACCAGAUACCUUCGGAUUUCAUCUAAGCUCAAAGGAGUCUGGAACACUGGUGCAUCCCGGGAACUAGACUGAACCACUGAAGACAGCAGAGGUAUCCUGCCCCCUGGUCUUCCUGGCCCAUUGUCCUAUGCCUUGACAGCUGGGACCAUGACUUCAGUGGAUUAAGUUCAGAGCCAAGUGCAGUCUUCCACCAAAAGACACAAAAGAGAAGAAAGUCUUCUGUUUCCUAUUCUCAAGAUAAAGAAAGUGCCAGCUGCUAAGGGGAGAGGAUCUUCUUCAAAGCAAGCUAAAGAGACUAAGGCUCUGGACUCUCAGGAUUCUUUUCUUUACUCUCCCUCUGUGGCUCUGAAUCUCAGCGGAGGAACACUGUUUCCUGGCUCUGUUUCUCUCUAGCCCCUCACAGUGUUGCAACUGCUAGUUACAGAAUUGCGCUCAGAGGGGAACAUAAUAAUUAUCAGUAGCUUACAGGGAACCAAUUGGCCAGAUAUUUUUCUUCUAACUUAAGAAAAUAUGUAUAGUUUUUAAUGCCCAGAGAUGACUACUCAGGAGGUUAUUCGUGGUGCAAGGUGCAAAUCCUAUUUAAUGCUCAGUUCAAGGAUCACCAAACAGUCUUAGUCAUGUUCACUCAUGUGCUUUUAAAGUGCUUUUAAAGUGUUCUUAAAGGUUGUGCUCUUUCUACUUGCCUUGAAUACAGCAUGAUCUUCCAUAAUUAACUCAGUACAAAAGUUAAAGGUACUUGAAAAUUUUGUAAAUGUUAUUGACUAUGAUAUGGUAAAGUUAUUGAUCCACCUUCUUAUUUAUUAACAAAUUUCAAUGUUAUAACUGCAGUAGAUUUAUUUCAAAUAAUAACAUGCGUGAAUCAGGGUGACAUUCUGAGAAUUUUACUACAGGUUUUUUAAAACAUGGUACUAUCACCAGAGUAAAGCUGAAUAGAGAGUUUUAAAUUGUUACCAUAUUCUUUUCACCAAUUUUUGCUUUUUUAUGAUAAAAAACUUCUAUGAGGCCUAAUAUCUGAUAUGAUAAAAGCAUCAAUGCAAACAAAUGAAGGUACAAUUUUGAGACUUUCUUUGUUUAAAAAAAAUGUAGACACAUUGAUGUGCUUUGCCUUCCUACAAAGGUGUUUGUCAGAUAUUAUCACAUAAUUAUUUUGUAUUACAUAAGGUUUCAAUACAUAAGAACUCAUCAUGUGAAGGACCAAUCAGUGGAUUUUCAAAGAGCGAAUGUCUAAUGAUUAUUUCUUAGUUGUUUUAUUCUGUAUGUUAGAUGUCCUGGAAGAGGGGGAAGCUUGUAUGUGUGAGCAUUAUGUUUCUAAGGAGAGUUUAAAAUUCCUAAGGAACUUCCAGGUAUCACUGACAAUGAGACAUUCCUGGUCAGUAAGUGCCAAAGCUGCCCACAUCAAAGCUUUCCCACAUUUCUUUUAACUUAGCAUGUUGAAGAGGAAUAUUUCAAGUAAGUGCUGCCUGAAUGUUGGCAGGGCAGAGCCAGCAGUAAACAGGGAGGUGUGAUAAAGAUGAGAAAGCAGUGGUUCUUUUUUUUUUUUUUUAAAGAGAGAGAGAGAGGAGAGAGAGAGAGAGAGAGAGAGAGAGAGAGAGAGAGAGAGAGAGAGAGAGAGAGAGAAUUUUAAUAUUUAUUUUAGUUAUCGGUGGAUACAACAUCUUUGUUUUGUAUGUGGUGCUGAGGAUCGAACCCGGGCCGCACGCAUGCCAGGCAAGCACGCUACCGCUUGAGCCACAUCCCCAGCCCAGCAGUGGUUCUUAAGGGGCAGAAGGACUCAGGGAAGGGGGACUAUCGUGAUCAGAUUACAUAUGGAAAGAGUUAUUAUUUUCUCUGAAAUUGCUCAAAUGUUGUAAAUAUUUAUAUAUUCUGCAUUAGAAAUAACUAUGACACAUAAAUGUGGUCUGUGUUUGUGUUUUGUAUCAUGUUUUAAAUUAUGAUUUAAAAUAUUUAACAGUUUUAAAAUAUGUAUUUAUUUUAUCUUUUGUCAGCUUUAUUAUACUGGACAUGGCACUACAA